AUGAAACAAGCAUACAAAAUGCAGAAUAUGCAAAAGAUAAUGUUUUUAGUAGUAGCAAUCAGCAUGCUGUGGGCUUGUGGUGUGCUUGGAAAACCAAUAGACCCUUCCAAGAAGUUAAUAGUGGCUACAGAAACACCAAAAGAGGCCGGCACGUUUUUGUGGCUUGCACUGUGCAAGUUUGUUAAGCUUAUGGCUAUCAUAUGCGAGUCCAUUGUUUCGUACAAUAUCAUUCUUCUUGCUCUUGUUGCAAAUGGUGGGAAGUUGCAUGUUUUAAUAUGGCUGAUGCAGAUGUUCACACAUGGUUACUACUGCGUAAACUAUAAAGAGAAUUAUGACGUACUCUGCAAAGCGCAUGAGAAAGAGAAAAACACCAUAUACGAUAUUGAGACUGCUGACGGCAAUAACAAUGAGGAAAUAUCUGUAUAUGAACAGUAUUGGUUGCUUGUGCGUGACAAGGGGUGUCCUUAUAUACAUUAUAAUCCUGAAGAUUACUUUAAGGAUGGUAAGAUACUUGUAGAUCUAAAAGAAGAAAAAGCAAAAGCUAAAUUGAAUGAAAGCAAAUGGAUUGUUGUAUUGCGAAGAAGUACGUAUACUUUAAUGCAGUUUAUAUUCUCACUUUCUCUAUUCAAGUCUAUGAUCUUCGUGUUGAUCUCUACAGCCAUCUUAUUGGACAUGUUUGUUUUGAACUAUACAAUAACAAGAUGCAUCAAUGAGUGUGAUUAUCUCGGGCCUUCUUUGCUGAGUGGAAUGAAGCAAGCAGUAAUGUGUCUGCACGGGCCAGUGGGAACUACUCUGGUUGCGUGCCUUGCUUUCUUUGGUGAGACAAUAGGCCAGUACUACAAAAUAUCUGAGCUCGAAGAAUCAGAUAAAAAGAAAGAUCGCCUAUACAAAAAAAACCGCUUAACCAUGUCAUACUUUUUUUUCAAAGGGAUUUUGCUCUCUAUAAUCAUAUUCUUCAAAGUAUAUUCUCUGGUUGCAUUUGUAGACCAGGUUGUAUGGGCAAUUCUUUCUCCAAAAGUGGGUGACUGGCUUAUUGAGAAAAGCGUUAAAGGAGUAACGCCAAAUGAGCUCAGAAAGAAACUACGCUCCAAGGCAAAGUAUGAAGAUGAAGAAUUCUACAGUAAAAUCAUCCAAAUCGGUGGGGUUGCUGUCUCUGUUUUCUUUUUGUUUUAUGUAUUGGCAGCCCUUUUUGGAAUUCCACCUAUGUCGUCAUUUUUAAGCAUCGCUCCCAUAGAUCCUGUAUUAGUCAAUGAAAUGGCUUUAGUCGCUAAAAAUACUGGUAUAAAAGACAAAGUUGCAGCAUAUGUAUAUUCAAGAUCUGCUGUUUAA